AUGGUCGUUAUUUCCUGUGCUUCUGAAAAGAAGAAAAAGAAGAGUACGGAAAGUUAUGUAUAUGUAAAUGAAGGAGAGGAGAAGAAGAAAAGUGAGCAAAGUUUUGGAUAUGCGUAUGCAGGUGAGCUGAAUAAGAAUAAGUGUGAGCAAAGUUUUGGACAUGUGUAUGGAGGAGAGGAGAAUAAGAAGAAGAGUGAGAAAAGUUUUGGUUAUGCCUAUGGAGGAGAUGAGAAUAAGAAGAAGAGUAAUGAUAAGAAUAGAGAUAUUUGGUUUGCAGGAGCAGCUGGUGUUGCAGGUGGAGUUGUUGCUGCUACAGCUAUAACUCUAGCUGCUUCUGAGAUAAAAAAAGAUGAUAAAAAGGGCAGAGAUGAUGGUAGUGGCGGCGGAGAUAUUGAUGACGACGGUGGAGAUGGUGGUGGUGGCGGUGGAUACGGUGGCAGCAGUGGCUGUGGUGGUGGUGGUGGAGGUGGCGGUGGAGGUGGCGGCUGUGGUGGAGGUGGCUGUGGUGGUGGAGGAUGCGGUGGUGGAGGAUGCGGUGGUGGCUGA